AUGUCCUCGUCGCUCUUUCGCCGUUUUCAAGGUAAAAAAAACAGUUCCAAGACGACAAAUGAAGGACUUGGGGCAUCUCAACCACCACCACGUCAUUCUCACUGUCGAAUGUUAUCUCGUGAUCGUAAACGACCUAUGAUUAUAUACUACACUCCUAAAGUGAGUGACUUUGAUGACUCGACAUUGGAUGCAUCCAUAUGUACGGAUGGAGAAAUGUCGGAAGAUGAAGUCUCUCCACGAUCGAAACGGUCUGCUAAUGACAAUGACGAUCGAUUCGAUACUGAUGCAACAGUACCGGAUGUGACAGCAAGUCGAAAAGCAAAAGAUGUCAUGAGUCGUAGUCGAGGACCGCUUUCACGAAUGUCACAAACGUUCACACGUGCAUCGGAAAAGAUUGAUACAAGUAUUGGUGAUGGACGCCGUGAUUAUCGUCGAGCAGCAAGACAAAGUGCCAAGUAUGACGUGACAUGGCGACAGGAUGAUGAAAGUGCGUGUUGUCGAGUAUGUUUUGCCAUGUUUACAAAACUCUCUCGACGUCGACAUCAUUGUCGAGUGUGUGGAGAACUCGUGUGUGGUGCUUGCUCACAAGAUCAAGUUUCUCUCACAAACAAAUUUAAAACCCCUCGUCGAGCGUGCGUCGCGUGUUGCGGAUUGUUGCAAGCAAUGGCUCGUGCCGGUGACGAUCGUGUUGAGGUUGUUCAGCCAGAUACGGCGGUUGCAGCAACACUUACCAAACGACACUGCCAGUCGACUCCUGUCGAUUCUACUUGUCAAUCACCGAUAAUGCCCGCCCCCGCUGCAACACCUCGAUAUCGUGACCGACUUACAGAAGUACAUCGAGUAAUGGCUGCUGGAAAAUUAUCACGUCGUCGAGGAAGCUCGGAGAAGAAAAUGUACGUGAUUUCUAGCCGUUGGUUGCGUAGUUGGUUGGCAUUUACGUCAUCCGCAUCGAGUUUUGACUCGAAUCGUGACCUCGACUACGGGUUUGAGAUGGAAAUGCCCGUUCCUUCUCCUAGCAACGACGAUAUUGCUAGCAUGGGUCGUGCUCCUGGACCAAUUGACAAUUUGUCACUACUUGAACUUUCACGCGGCAAAUUAAUGCGUCGUCCCGGUCUCGUUCUAGAUGAUGUAAUCUCAGGUGACGCUGCAAGUGCUGGUGAAGAUGCGGAUUUCCAGUUGCUUUCGCCUGAAGUGUGGGAAGUCUUUCAACGUUUAUACGGUGGUGCACCCGCAAUUUACGUCAACUUGACCAGCACUGAUCCAACGGCGUGGAUUAUUGACGUGUCGGAUUUGCUACUAGCUGGAACCAAUGCCAAUGAAAACAAGGUUCAGGUGCUUCCUGUGGUGGAGCGUGCAUUGUCAAAUCGCCACAAGAAUGAAAACGAUCUUGGUGAUGCACGAGCUGGUUCGAAUCAAGUCCAAACCCCGACGGAAUCCAGUUUACACACCCCAAUCAGCAGUCGAUAUACGACAUCAAAAUCAAAGCAGCAGCCACCAAAAAGUCCAGCGUGGACGGUGACGAGCAGCAGCAGUAGCUCAUUGAGUGAAGAGAAGGAAAGGGCUCGUAGCCCGGUAGGAACCGGCAAAAUGGGUUUGGAAGAUUUGGAGUCGGAAGUUGAAGCGUUGUCGAUUGGAGUGAUUAAGAUGCCGACGGAAAAUGAUGAUGAGAUGAGGGCCACGACGUCUGUGCGUAGCCCUACGGCUGCAUAUGCAGCUUCGGCAUUUGCAGUUGCCAUGAAGCAAGCGAGAUUGAAUGCUCAAAAGGCGAUUGAUGAUCGUGCAUCUCGCAUCAUUGCAGCUUAA